GCAUGGGGCUGGUCUUGUGGCUGGGCAGAGCCCUGCAGGGGCUGAGGGGCUGGGGGAAGAGCCCGACACAGCGGUCUGGGGGCAGGUGGCCCCGGCAGAUGCGCCAGCCGGAGGAGGCCAGCAAGGCGCGGGAAUUAGCCCGCAGCGCCAGUGGCUUCGUGCUGGGCAUGGCCCUGGCCAGCCUGUAUGGAGCUGUGGUGCUGCUGGCGCAGGGCCACAACGUUUGGUACUGCCUGGUCACCACCACCAGCCUGGGCGCGGGGCUGGGGCUGGGCAUGGCCUUCUCUGUCAAGGUGCGGGUCACUGUGCUGCUAUCGCUGCCCCACAUCUUCACCAGUAAGCAGCUGUUGGUACUGCUGCUGGGAGCCAAGGGAGUGCCAUGGGGGUGCCGGGUCCCAGCUGAGCCCCAGGACCCCCCUGUCCUUGCAGGGGAGGGGAAGAUGCUGCUGCUGCUGCUGGCACUGGGCAUGGCCAUGCAGGGCCCGUGCACCAACAUCCUGCACAACUUCUCCCGGGCCACCGAGUCGCUGUCAUGUGGGGCCGAGCUCGCCCUCAACCAGACAGCCGACCGGCUGCAACACGCCCAGGAGCCGCUGCUGAACGUGCUGUCCAAAAUCAAGGACAUCGCCCAGAAAGCCAAGGUGGUGGGCGACCACGUCCGCAAGUUCUUCCGCUCCAUCAUGGACUCCGUCAGCCACGUCGGUGAGCGGGGGUCCCUGAGGGUCUCCCCACCUCCAGCACCCCCCCAUCCUGCUUUCAGUUUGUCCCUGUCCCCGUUGCCUGCUGCCUGUCCCUCAACGCUUGCUCCCUGCCCACAGCCCGAGCCCUGCGUAAUGUCUGGCUGUGGCUGGCGAACAUGGGCAGAGUGUGCAACCAUGAGUUGGGCACGCCAUACCGCCGCUGCCUGCACCUCUUCGACGAGGCCAAGGACAACUGCGAGCGUGCCAUCCCCUUCCUCUUCUUCCUCUGCUACAUCAUCAUCAUCUUCAGGCCCCUCUGUGGUCUGGCCAAUGGUGAGUGGGUCCCUGUCCCUCUGCAGCAGGGGUGGGAGGUGGCGGGGUGGACCCAUACCCACCACAGGAGCCCCACCCUGGCAGAGACCCCUCCUCUCCACAGUUGCCCUCCUCUUCUGCAUCAUCCCGCAGUACAUCCAGUCCUUCCUCAAGAGGAAAAUCGGAGACCCCCUCAGGGACGCUCUGGACCGCGUCCACCGGGAGUUUGAGUUCAACAUCUCGGCUGUGCACCGCUUCGACAUUAGCCUCAACGCCAGCAAGAGCCUGGGGGAGGUGGCCCUGGACAUCAUGGAGGGUGUGCGCCUGCGCCUGGAGCCCAUCCGCCAGGUCCUGGGGCUCUUCAUGCACGUCUCCUUCUGCGCCAUUCUCUAUAUGUACCUCCAGGCACUGCGGUACUGUCACCGAUACCUGCGGGAUGACACCUUUGACAAUGUUUACAUCACACGGCGCUUCGUGGAGCUAGAUCUGUGGCGGGCGGAGCAGGGCAAACCCACCGUGCUGCCCCUGACAGCCUGGGAGAGCGGCCGCUACAUCUCCCCAGGUCAGCCCCACGCCUGGGGGACCAUCCCCCAGGUGAGCCCUGCAGCAAGGAGCCAGGGGGUCCCGGCACCGCAUGGCCUCACGGCGCUCCAUGCCCGCCCAGCCGGGCUGUGGCUGUCACGGCAGGAGCGGCGACGAUAUGGGCUGCAGCUGGUGGGGGUCCUGCGCCACGUGCUGCUGGGGCUCAGCAUCGUCCUGGCCGACUACAGCCUCUUCUGGCUGCUUGACCUGGUCCAGCACCAGCUGCGGGGGGAGAUCGUCGCCAGGGCGCCGGCGGUGCUGGGUGUCAGUGUCAACGGGACGGGCUACACCAGUGAGAUCUUCCGGGACUUGGUCUCUGCAUUUGGCGUGCUGCAGCAGGGCAACGUCUCGGUGCUCUCCCAGCACUGCCUCCUCCAGCCCGUGGAGCCCGACUACAGCACCUACCUCAGCAUGGGACUCCUGUAUGGCAUCUGCCUCUUCAUCGCUGUCUUCGGCAGCUAUGUGGCACGCCUGCGCCGGGCAGUGUGUGCCGCCUACUACCCGUGCCGCGAGCAGGAGCGCACAACCUUCCUCCACAGCACCAUCCUGGCACGGCGGGCCGGGCUGGCACGUGCCCUGCGCCAAGCUGUCAUGCAGCGUACGGCCGACGCCAGGCAAGGCAACCUGCUCCUCUUCCUUACCUCCAGGCUGCCUACCUUUGCCCGCCUGGUUCGGCUCUUGGGCAUCCAGCAGAAACGCUGCCUGGCCUGUGGGAUGGCGGAGCAGCCGGAUUUCAUCGCGUGCAUCACACCCAGCUGCAAAGGGUUGUAUUGCACUGAGUGCUACCAAACUCUGACCAACAUCUGUUCCGUCUGCAUGGGCCCCCUGAGCUACCGGGACACUGGGGAUGAGGAGAUGGACUCCAGCGACGAGGACACGGUGGGGCUGUGGCUGGGAGCUGUGCGGGCGCUGCGGGGACAGGAGCAAGGGCGGCUGCUGCAGCAGCAUAUCCGCAAAGUGGUGGGGGGCUGGGGGGGCAGCCGGCGGCUGCCCCCUGAACUGGCAGCCCGGCUGCGAGCCCAGCUAAAGGAGGAGGUGAGCGGGGAGAGCGACGGCAGCAGCAGUGGGGUGGAUGGCGAGGACAGCUCGCUUUCCAGCCUGGACUUCAGCUACCAGGAGCAGCCUGAGAGCAGUGGCAGUGAGCUGGAGGAGGUGAUGGCCCUGCGGCCGCCCAGCAGCGAGGGCAGGGCCCGGUGACGGCAGGACGGUGCCACGCGGCAGCGAGGAUGCAGGGCCAGGCUCUGGGGUCAUGGCUGGAGCCUGAGCAGCGUGGUGGAAGCCGGGAGCUGCUGGGGUUGGUGGGGAGGGGCUGGUGAAUAAAGUACCCGGUCUUCAAGGCACCAGCAUCCCGGUGCUUGGAGCUGGCAUCCAGCCCCCCACGGUGGUCCCGACCUCAUGGUGCCCCCAGCCCCGUGCUGCCUCUGGCUCCAUCCCCAUGGUGCCCCCAGCUCCAUUGUGCCCCCAGGCCCUCA